AUGGACACAGCAAGCAAUCCACAUUUUGAGAACAUCACGAAUGAAAUAUGCCAAAAGGAGUACCUUGUUGAGGAAGUGAGAGGAAAAACAUACCAGCAGAAUGAUAUUUUGGAAGCUUUGCAAAAGGGUAAAAGCCCCUCAGGGGGAGAAACCACAGAAAUCAUAAUGGAGAAACUAAAAACCGAGAAGAACAGCAUCAAGGAAAAGCAAAGCCAUGAUUCAGAUAGACUGAGCCUUAAAAGAAAGUCAGAAAGUGAUGAAAAGCUGAUUCUACGGAAAGAACCACGUCUGUCAGAGAAUGAUUUCCAGCCGCUUCCAGUACUUCUGCCCCAUAUCCCCUUAAAGAGUCUCAUGGAGGUAGAAAUAAAAUUGGUCUACGUGGAUGAGGAGGAUGUCACCUAUGAGUUUCUGCAGUCCCAGCUGCCCACUAAUGAAGAGCCAAAAUAUCCAGUGGCUUCAAGUAUGAAUUCCCAGAGAUCUUCUGACAUGAGCAUUGUUCCACCACAGAUGGACAAAUGGCUUCAAGUAGCUUUAAAGGAUGCCAGCACUUGCUAUAGGCAGAAGAAGUACGCAAUGGCAGCUGGGCAAUUCAGAACAGCUCUUGAGCUUUGCAGCAAAGGUGCAGCUUUAGGGAAGCCCUUUGAAGCCUCUCCAACAGAUAUUUCAAGCAUUGCCAGUUUCAUUGAAACAAAGCUUGUAAUCUGCUACUUGAAAAUGAGAAAGCCUGACCUUGCACUGAAUCAUUCCCACAGGAGCAUUAUGCUGAACCCUGCCUAUUUCCGUAACCACCUUCGUCAAGCUGCUGUGUUUCGGAGCUUAGAGAGAUAUUCUGAGGCUGCAAGGAGCACUAUGGUUGCUGACUAUAUCUACUGGUUGUCUGGAGGAAGGGAGCAGCAUACCAGCAAGCUCAUCAAACUGUAUUGGCAGGCUAUGAUUGAAGAAGCCAUCACAAGAGCCGAAUGCUUUUCGGUGAUGUACACACCAUUUGCAACUAAAAUAAAGGCUGAAAAUAUAGAGAAGCUGAAGGAAGCAUUUACCAAAAAGCACCCUGACUAUGUGGAAUACAUCUAUACAGAUCCUCAUGGACUACACAGUUUGCCUCAGACAGCUGACUGGUCUUGCCCUUCUCCCCAAACUUAUUUGCUAACGCUGGGCUUCCGAAAUAAAGAAGUUGGAAAAUUUCUUGAAAAGAUGUCUUGCAGGAAGUUGCCCACAUUUUCAGAUCACAAAGCUCCUUUCAGCCCUCUCACUAAAGAAGAGGCAGGAAGACAUCUGGAGACUAUAGGGAAAAGAAUCUUGCCAAUCAUGGAUUUCAUUCGAGGCACCAAAUUAACUGAGACUUUCUGUGCAUGUUCUGGCAUGAUAGAGAAGCUGCAGCAUGCCAGCCUGCUUGGCCGCUUGCAGCGUGUCAAGGAGCAGUCCCAAGUGAUCAAUCAAGCCAUGGCGGAGCUUGCCACCAUCCCCUACCUCCAGGACAUCAGCCAGCAGGAUGCUGAACUGCUGCAGUCACUAAUGGCAGAUGCCAUGGACACCCUCGAAGGAAGGAAAAGCGAUAAAGAGCGUGUCUGGAAUAAAAUAGAAAAGGUUGGAAUAAUAGAAGACUUCUUAUACCAAUUAGAAGAUAGUUUCUUAAAGACCAAAAAACUCAGAACGGCAAGGAGGCAGAAAAUGAAAAUGAAGCGGCUUCAAAGUGAACAGCCCUGCUAGGCCUGCUGGGGGAAGAGGCUCCCGUCCUGCACCGGGGAUGGCAGGAGAGGACAUUAAUAUCGCCAGAGUUUGACAGCUGGGAUAACAAAGGCUGGCCUUCAAAUUAAUGAGGUGUCCCCUCCCUUACAGCUCAUCUUUUGCAACCAGCUCCUGCACUUCAUUAGUCUCAUCUGACAAGAAUAAACGUUCACGGGAUGCUUGACUGGAGUCUUAUGCAGAACAG